AUGACGUCAAUGUUGGCCGACCUGAUUGGCUCCCUGGCGGGCCGGUGGGUGCUGCAGCGCGAUGACUACGAUGCCGCACCAGACUCUGCGUUCGCACAUACCAGCGCCCCGGGGCAAAGUCUAAUACCUGCUUGUCGCAGUGCGCCGCAACACGUGCGCGCUGAGUACACCGAGGUGCGCCUCACAGCGCAGCUAAGUGGCCCCCUGACAUUCGCCAUUGGUCAGCGCCUGGCUGCCAUCUGCGUUAGGAUACUGGCCUCAACGCCUGGGGCUCGUACUUUCGUCGCUGUGCAGCCAGCUGCCCCGCCGCCCACGCAGCUGCUACGCGCCGCAGCAACUGCUGCGACGGGGCGAGACGACUGUACAACGGAGACAGCGGGUGCGUGCUGGGCGCGGCUGUUGGCAGCGCUGCUGGUGACGUCACGGGCGGCAGCAGAGGCCGGAGCCCCCCCUGGCAGCGGUCAGCCCAAACCUCGCGCCGCGCAGUUCGUGCCCUCAUUCGGGCCGCCCGUACAGCAGCCGGUCUUCGAGUUCUAUCACGAGCCGCAGCACUACACCGGGCAGGCGUUUGGCGACUCGUUCGCACCAUCCCCGCCGGACCCACUCCUGAACGCCCUGCAAGCGACGGCAGCGCCUCACUCGGAGCUGCAGAGCAACGUGCCGGAGCGCCUUCAGCUGUCAGCGCAGCCACAAGAUCUGAGCCAGCUGCUGCCGGCCUCGCUCUACGCAGCCAGCCCUCUGUACAAGGCACUAGAUAAGGCAGCGCCUCUCGAGGUAACGGAGGCCCCGAUCACCGUACAGACGCCACAACCACCGCAGUCUUCUCUGCACAACCCACACUCAUUCCACUCGGUGGUCAACUACGGCGUCAUCAGCGUCCAUCAUGGAGAUCAUUUCGAACCUCACAACAACGGAGUCGCAGAGCCAGAUCGUCAUCACACGUCAUCAGCGGAGCAGCGUUCGGCGCUCCGCCUGGGACAGUCGACGUCAGACGCAGUGGCGCUAUCGCUGCAGCCGCCACCUGCGCCGGCCGCGCCGCCUGCAGCCCAGAGGCCGCCAGACGCAGAAACUGUCUCGCCGGAGCCUGCCGACGCCAAGGAAGCCGAGCCAAAGUGAUGGACCUCGAACUCUGCAGGAGAUUCAUUGCACCUUUACAAUUCCGUAUCUGCCCUUGGCUCAGUUUAAUUUACCGGAGACAGCAGCUGCGCCACAAACGCCUGCGGGUGGCAUCCUCAGACUCCCAGGCAGGCAGGCGCCCUGCACCGCCAGAGGGUCCUCGCAUUACGGACACCUGGCUGGUCAUCAACGGCGCUACGGACACAAUUGCGAAAAAUAUGCUGUCGCUUUCACUGUACAUAUCGACUAAUUUUUGUAAACGAAAUUCAUACACUUUGUAAAUAAAGUGUCUAGGCAUUA